UCUCGAGCCCUUCCGGAUCUUGCUCCCUUAUCCCGCUCUUGCCCUCCUUUCGAUCUUCGGUGUCCGAGUCCUUCAUACAAAGGGCACAGUAUCUGCUCGCACUUCGCCGUCGCGCUGCAGCCAGAAAACGCAAGGGAGCCUGGCCUAGAAGCAGGAAGAAUUCCAUCGUGCAGACCAGGCAGCCCGGGUUCACACGCAGGAAUAAGACCCCCGCAGCCAGUGAGCCUCAACCGUGGCCUUACUACGAACUCCUGGAGGAGCGAAACGAACGACGGUACAAAUACCCUCGACUGCAUCAAAGCGGUCGCCCUCCGAACCAAGCGAAUCCCCUCCGAAUGACCAUCUCGGCUUGAUUGCCUCGCCCUUGCCGGUCUGAGCUCGACUUCUCGUCAACAACUUCAAUCGAAUUGAGCAGCACCUCCGAAUCUGCCGCGCGUCUGUUGGCCAUUUCCAGACUCGAGGCCGAAACGAAACGAAACGAAACGAAACGAAACGAAACGAAACGAAAAAUAAAUCCAGUCGCCAGUCCAGCGCUCUCGGCGGCCCUCGGACAGCCCACCAUUUUGCCUCCCCACGCUCUCCCACAGGGGCCUUCCCCUGCGGUGCGGAUACGUCAGCUCUAGCGCUUUUGACCCAGCUGCGUGUUUAGAUCAUCACGAUCACGAAGGCCAACCCUCGAAAGCUGGUCCAGCUGCGAGACAAUGUCUUCCAUUCCAGAAAGCCCGAGCACGGUGUCUACUCGUCGUGAGUGGGACACCGGGUUCCCUGAAUCCUUCUGUGGUAACGGGAACACAACGCUCCGACACCCAGACGCCAAGGUCGGCCCCGAUGCCUGUAUCACGGCCGACGAUAUUUCCGUUUCGCGGGCCUUGAACAGGGAGCGGAAAUCGUUCCUCGGCAGCAAGUACAGCAAGCGGACCAUCUCGCACGGCAUGCUCACACCACAGCAACAACAAUCAAUGAUCCGGCAGCAACAUAACGCCUCGGUCAUGUACAGCGACAGCGCCAUCCUCGACAGCGACGGAGAGUCCUGCAACCUCAUAUCGACCCCGGUUAUGCCCUCGAGACAGGUGUCGUACGGAAUACAGCCCGGCGGGCACUCGUCCAAGGACAGCCUGGACAGGCGCCGGAGCUCGAGCUCCGCACACGACCCCAAGCACGGUUCCAUGAUCCCCCCGGGAUCGCCCUCGAGCACCUCGACGAGCCGCAGCCGAGGAUUCUUCAGGAAGCUGAGGCUGCAUCGCGACUAGGGGACGCAUGCCAUGGCUGCCGUUAUUGCCCGCGACGGCGCUCCAUCUUCUCGAUUCUCCCACUUCUUCCGCCCCGACUCGCCUCACUGGAUCUCGGACGCGGAUCACGAGACUUCCCAGUCGCCAGAGAACACGCUGCGACUAGCCUCAUCACCGGAAAAGCCCAGACGGAUUCGACGCGAACGCAUACGAUCAAGCCGCGCCGAUACCACGCAUACGAUAUAAUUUCUCCGCUCUUUUCUUUCAUUGGCUUCUUUUUUUUUUUUUUUUUUGGUUGCAUUGGCCAGGAGUUCCAGGAAAGUGUGCCUCUUCUUGCAGAAGAGCACAUAUUGGCUUUGUUUUUACCUUGCCUGUUUGCAAUGGCAAGCGUGACCUCUCGCUUCAUUUUUGACGGCACACACAUCGCACACAACAGGCGGAACCUUCAUUUUGUCCAGCGAGGAGUCAGUCACGGGAAUUUUCCUGGUAGGGAAGCACAUCAUUUACGAAGCAACGAAUUUCAUUAUCAUUUUAUACUCUUUUUCUUACGCUCGUUUCCUCCCUCAUCUCUACCGCCUCUACUUGUUAUCGCUCAUUCCCCGUUCCUUGCCUCGCCAUAUCGGCAUAGAUGGCGAUGGUGUUGGCCGCCUACAUAUGGAUUUGGAUAUUCAUGGGUUCACGGGUUUGGCGCAACUGUUUGAAAAUCACAGCAGCGAACCCUGUAUAGACUGGAUUGGGGGUGUGCGUACACAAAAGCUAGCACCUACGGUUUUCACAGCCGCAGAUAGUCUGAGGAAUACGAUAGUCGGCUUCUAGGCCGUUUUCCACA